AUGACUGUGGCUGUGGAGGCCAGUGUCUGCUCACAUCCAGAGCUGGGCUCGGCGCUCUUCCCGUGGGUCCCCGGAGCGCGGCAGAUUCGUGCUGGCCGGCGGCUUCCUGUGCUCUCCCGGGCUGGCCUGCCCUCCUCGCUGCUGGGAAAGCGGCUCUCGGAAGACUCGAGCCGCCGCCCGCUGCUGCUUCGGACGUGGGCGAGCAUGUCGGGCGCGGAGGCCGGGGCGGGGCGGUGCGAGCAGAAGGCGGCCCCGGCCGGGGAGAACCCGCUGGUGUUCCUGUGCGCGCGCUGUCGCCGGCCGCUGGGCGACUCUCUGACCUGGGUGACCAGCCAGGAGGACAACAACUGCAUCCUCUUGCGCUGUGUCUCCUCGAAUGUGUCUGUGGAUAAAGAACAGAAGCUGUCCAAGUGCAAAGAUGAAGACGGGUGCAUUCUUGAGACUCUGUCCUGUACAGGCUGCUCCCUCAGCCUUGGCUAUGUGUACAAAUGCACUCCCAAGAACCUAGACUACAAGAGGGACUUGUUCUGCCUCAGUGUCGAAGCCAUUGAAAGUUACACUUUAGGGUCCUCUGAAAAGCAAAUCGUGCCGGAAGACAAGGAGCUUUUCAAUCUUGAAAGCAGAGUUGAGAUAGAGAAGUCUAUAAAGCAG